AUGUCUGUUCCACCUUCGCCAGGCCACCCCCAUGAUCUCAGCGACCAGGAUCGACACAACGAAAGCUUCUGCAACAGUAUUGAUGUCGUGUUGGUAGAACGCCUGGCUGCUCGUCAUAAUGGUGACAAGUUUUGUCGCAUAUCGUGUAUCGCAGCAAAUGGCUAUACAUUCUCGUGUUACAAGGUCGUCUUUCCAGACGACGGCGAGGAGUGGGUGGUUCGCAUCACCGUGCCGUCGCUGCUCGGAAACGAGUGGGAUGUUGUCCGGACUGAGGUUGCGACUACGAGAUAUCUUCAGCGCCACACCUCGAUUCCUGUUCCUACGGUCCGCGCUUACGGAACUGGCGAGCGCCUAACCUCGGAUCCGUUCAAGACGCAGUCAUGGAUCAUCAGCGACAGGCUCCGUGGCAAGCCUCUCACAAAUGAUCAUCUGUUCCUCAUGACCCGAGAGAAGCGCUUGCGAUGCUUCUCGCAGCUCGGGGACGUGCUUGCGCAACUGCAGGAGCUGACAUUUCCCAAGACGGGCUCGAUGUAUCCAGAUGAAUCGGACGACACAAAGGAACAGAUUGGCCCUUCCCUCUGCCGCGCGGACCAGAUCCUCGCCAUUCGAGAUGGCGUUGUACGAAGCCGGCCCACCUUCACCACGGCCUGGGAUUCGAUCGAGCAUCAUCUCAUGGCCACGAGGGGCCCCGCUGACCUGAGAGUUGCCCGCCGCAGCAACGAAGUUCAAGAUGAAAUUGCGCGUCAGGUUGUGGCAUUGGACGCUGUGAAUCGCCACGUCCGUGACGAGAACCAGUCCUUCUGGAGGGAGGACAGGGGAUUUUCUCUGAGCCACCCCAGCUUGAUAAGCGAUCGCAUCUUCGUCGAUGACGACGGCAAUAUACAAGGCAUCGUCCAAUGGGCCUUUACGGAAAUUUUGCCCCGCCAACUUUGCCACCCGCCGGAUUUGGUCUUGGGUACUUGCUCCACGCCAAGCGAGAGGCAGUUCAACGACGUCUGGAAAGAGUUUCUCGAGGCCAUUACUCCGGACCACUCCUACCACAAACACUUGCAGUACUACUUGGAUAACGAGAAGCAUAUAGGAUUCUCUUGCAUGCUGCGCUCUCCCACCUAUGCAGCCAUCAUUUACUUCUGGGACAAGGUAUAUGACGCGCAGCACCAGCAGCCCCCGAAGGAGAUGAUGACCGAGUUCUUCAGCAAGCCGGAGAACCAAGCCGAGCUGGACAGGCGGGUGGCGGAUCAAAAGCAGCAUUCGGACGACGUUAUUGUCAGACAGGCCUCCGCGAUGGAGCCGAAACUAGAGAAGGUCCGAAACUGGUUCAUGGCGGUCCAGGACUUAGUGAUUACUGCUUCAAAGUCCGGCAACUACAUACAUGAUCCUUUUUCGGUCUCGCCUGUCUUGUCUGCCCACUCUGGUGGCUCUCCCGUUCCGUCUCGGCGCUCCAGCAAGUCUGCCGAGUGA